UAAACGCACACCAUUGCCUUUUUUUUCUUUUUUUGUUUUCUCUUUCUUUCUUCACCACCUUUAACAACAAUGGCUUCACCACCUUCAAUUCCCUUGUUGUUUCUUCUCCUCACACUCUUCAUCGCCACAUGCUCUUCGCUCACCUGCACCACCCAGAAGCUCACCACCAACAAGGUCUACCCCAAUUGCUUGGACCUUCCUUUUCUCAAUUCCUUCCUUCACUGGACCCAUGACCCUUCUAACUCCUCUCUCUCGGUGGUUUUCGUGGCCACGCCGCCGAAUCCCGGUGGUUGGGUCUCGUGGGGUCUCAACCCCACCGGCACCGGCAUGGUGGGGACUCAGGCACUCGUGGCCUUUAAGAAUAACGGCGUUAUGGCGGUGAAGAUGUUGGACAUAAAGUCCUAUAGUGACUUUGUUCCGGGGAAGUUAUCUUUUGAUGUUUGGGAUUUGAAGGCUGAGGACGUUGGUGGGGUGAUGAGGAUAUUUGCGUCGAUGAAGGUGCCGGACAAAGCGGUUACCUUGAACCACGUGUGGCAGGUGGGGCCCUCCACCACCGCUGGUAGGUUGGAUAAGCAUGGCUUUGCUCCGGCGAAUUUGAAUGCCAAGGGAAAACUUAGCUUGAAUGGAGAACAGAGUUCUACUGAUACUGGUGCUGUGGACUCAAGAACCAAGAGGAAGAAUUUUCAUGGCGUGCUAAAUGCUGUGAGUUGGGGUGUGUUGUUCCCACUUGGAGUGAUUAUAGCAAGGUAUAUGAGGACUUUUCCAUCUGCAGAUCCAGCUUGGUUCUAUCUUCAUAUUACGUGCCAAUUAUCUGCUUAUGUAAUUGGGGUUGCUGGCUGGGGAACUGGUAUGAAACUUGGAAGUGAAUCAGAGGGGAUUCAAUACAGUGUUCAUCGCAAUAUUGGAAUUGCCCUCUUUUCUCUUUGUACUUUACAGCUUUCAGCACUGUUCAUAAGGCCAAAAAAGGAUCACAAGUAUCGGUAUUUCUGGAAUAUUUAUCACCAUAGCUUUGGGUACACUAUAAUUAUCCUAGGAAUUAUCAACAUAUACAGGGGCUUUGACAUCUUGAAUCCUGAAAAGAAAUGGAAAUCAACUUACAGCUCAGUGAUUAUUGCAUUGGGUGUAAUUGCCUUUUUGUUGGAAGUGAUCACAUGGAUUGUUGUGUUCAAGAGAAAGUCUCGCAAUUCCACCAAACCUUAUGAUGCAUACAACAAUGGACAACCCCUUGGCAUAUAAUCGAAGCAGACUCUUAUUUAUUACAUAUUUCGUAUAUUACUUGGUUUCACAGUGAUUUUUAUAGUAAUGAGUACAGAAUUUUCCUUCACUGUGAUUAGGUUGAUGAAAACUUUUGCCAUGCUUGUGCAUUGGAGACUUAUUCACAGUAGGAUUGGUUGUUUUCUCUACUUGUGUGCGUUUCUUAUUCCUCUUAAUUCUCGCACUACUUGGGGCCACAACUCAACAAGCUAUUGUUUAAUACUCAUGCUUGUGUUCAAAUUGGUAAAGCCAAUACUUUUUUUUUGGAGUAUAAAU